AUGAACAGAACUGGAAAGGUGAAUAUUCACGUCCCAUCCUGGUUUGACGAGAGCUUGUCGUUAAGUUCUAUGCUGACAACGCCUUCUGCUCCUUCCACAUCCGUAGCCAACUCGUCGGACCCUAGCUUCUUCUCGGUCCAGCUGCUCAACUCGAACAACAGCCAGCUCAACGGAAACUUCCAGAUCGGCAACGCCCUCCUGACCACCAACGGCAGUGCACAGAUCUUCAUUGACCAAAUUCCCGCUGGCAACUACAAACUGCUGUUCGUCAACAGCAGCAACUACCAGCUCGACCAUCCUCAGGUGUACUACACCUCGGAUUCGUUCGAUGUCAAGCCCAACGGUACGCAGCCUGCCCAGGUGACGGCGAAUACGGAUGCUAACCCGACCAACUCAGCUACGACCGCUGCUACGGGGUCGGCUAGUGCGACGCUUUCUAGUGUUUCGAGUACGGGCACUGGCUCGCGUGGUAACAGUAACGGCGCCAGUGCGAUGGGAAACGCUGGUGUAGUGGCGCUGUGCGGCAGCAUCGCUUCGGUGGUCCUUGGCCUCGGAGUAGGUCUUGUUCUCUAA